CUUUACUCAUGUGAUGUUGGCAAACAUCUUAUCCUUUAUAGCUUUGUUUCACUAAGCAGAAGUUGUUGCUGGGGCACAUAUAUAUAUGUAUGGAUAUAGAGAUUUGAUGCAUGUAUAAAUAUUUGGAUGUAUUGGGGAUAAUGAUUCAAGAGCACUAAGAAUAGGAGUUAGUGCUAGGGAGCAUUUUUUAUGCCGGCUGUGGGAUUUCUAUGAUAGGUUUUCGUUAUUUUGUAACGAAACACAAGUGAUUCACAAACCGGCCAGGUAUUUCUUCUUCUUUUCUUCUUCUUUUUUUUUUUUUUUGUUGCUUUUAUGCAGGAUACCAUUGAUUGAGAUGUCAUGAUAUCAGAUGUUAAUCUAUAGAGACUAAAAUGUGGAGAAUAACCACCAUCAAAAGUUGAAUUACGAGUCGAGGAGGGUAAUGGAAGGAAACAAAGGCACAAUAUGUGAAACAGGUGGUACAGAGUACAUAGCUUCAUGGUUGAUAAUGAGGCUUCUUGAGCAUGGAUUAUUCAGUGAGCUUGUUAUUUUCAGACGUUAUCCUCUACAACUCAUAUGGCUUUGGUUAGGACCAAGUAAUUUUGAGAUUGACGGAGCACUUGAGAAACUGCAUCUCUUUGAAGCUGAUCUUAACGAGCCAGACAGUUCCAAUACUGCCAUUGAAGGAUGCAUUGGAGUGUUUCAUGUUGCUGCAUCUCUUGAUCUUGAAGGUGAAGAAUCCGAGGAAGUAGCGACCAGAAGAGCUAUCAAUGGAGCAUUAGGAAUCUUAAAAGGCAUGCUUGAAAUCGAGAAAGUGAACAAGGACAAAGAUAAAAUGGACGAGAUUUAUUGGACUAAUAUUGAUUUCAUUAAUGCCAACGUGCAAGCUGGAAAGUCCUAUGUCAUUUCUAAGACAUCAACUGAAAAGGCAUCCAUUGAAUUUGCUGAAGAAACUGGAUUGGAUCUUGUGACUGUAGUAAACCCUUCUUUAGUAGUCUUUUCCUUUUUCUGCCCUUUAUCUUCUGCUCCAGUGCGAAUGAUGCUGGCUUUGGUCUCAGUUGGAGGUACACAUGAAGUCUUCAUAGAUGCCAUUCUUGAAAGUCAGAAAUAUGAAUGGCAAAACAAGUAUAUAAGCACAUCCUACUUGGUCUCCAAGACUGUAACAGAGAAGACAGCAUUAGAUUUUGCAGAGGAACAUGGACUAGACCUUGUCACUGUUGUUCUUCCGUUGGUUGUUGGGCCAUUUAUCUGUCCGAAAAUACCUUCCUCGGUGAACAUGGCACUCGCAAUGGCAUUUGGAAAUCACGAUAGUUACGGAGCAAUUACAAAUUUGUAUAUGGUGCACAUAGAAGAUGCUGUCCAAGCACAUAUUUUUCUUCUUGAAUAUCCAAACACAAGAGGGAGGUACAUUUGCUCAUCAGCCAAUGUGUCAAUCACCACCAUAUUUGAAUAUCUUUCUGCAAAUAUGAAGUGGUUUAAAGAGAAUGAAGAUCAUGAUACUUGUAGCCUCUCAUCAAUGAAACUCUUGGAUUCUGGGUUCAAGUUUAAAUUCACUGUGGAAGACAUGUUUGAUGGGGCAAUCCAAUGCUGCAAGAACAAGGGUUCCUUUAACAAACAUGUAGUUGUGAAGUUAUAG